AUGGCACUUUCUUCAGCGGGGGGGGGCGGCCGCCCGGCCCGGCGCUUUCAGGUGGACUACCUCCAAGGCUGCCCGCAGCUGUACGAGAACUACAAGGUCUCGCGCUUCCAGGAGCGACGAAAUCGACGGGACGUCUUCACCAAGCUCCAGGCGCUCUCCUGCACGGACUACUCGCAGGUUCUAAUGAUGGACCUGGACAUGUUGGUGCGGGGGAACUUGGACGAGCUUUUUGAGCUGCGUGCCCCUGCCGCGCUGAAGCGGUGCUCAGGCCGGGAGCAGCCGGAGCACGGCGCAGACUUCACCGCGGAGGACCUUUGGUCUUGGCAACGCGACAAGAUGAGCUCGGGCCUGAACGCUGGCGUCAUGCUGUUGCGGCCGGACGCGAAGGUCUACGAGCGCAUGGUGCGAGAGAUACGCGACCCUACGCACCCUGAGCACUUGGGCACCUUUGGCCCUGAGCAAGACUACCUGGCGCGCUUCUUUACGACCUUCGGGCGGGGCGCGUGGGCCCACCUGCAUGCCAGGUUCAACUACCAGCCCAACCUCCCGGAUGACUACGUGGGUGCCGCGCAUCGAAAGCUGGAUGUCAUCCAGGAUGUCAUGGUGGCGCACUACAGCGGCGGUCGGGUGAAGCCCUGGAAGUUGCGGAAUCUGGAGCUGAACGCGCAAGGCGUGCGUCGGCUCCUUGAGGAUGACACUCUGGAAGCAGAGAUGGGAGGGGAGGCCCCGCGGGCGUCCAGGCCUAUGGUCAUGGAUGGGGUGGCGGUGGGCCAACGGGACACAGGGCUGCCGGCGAACGUGAAGGCGGUGAUGUGGGAGUGGAUCCUGGCACUGCGGCGCUGUGACCAGGAGCUGCUGGAGGCGGCGGUGGACCUACUCUUCCUGAUCGGCGAAGCGGGAGGACGCUGA